UGUCAGCUUACAUCAGCAGCAGCAGCAGCAGCAGCAGCAGCAGCAGCAGCAGUCAACAACACUGUUGAGUGGCGGGAAUCACAUUCAUCUUCUCAUCACUUAUUUCACUUCAUUAUUCGCCUGUUUUGAGUUAAUUAUACUGCUUGACUGAGUGAAGGUGCCAGUCAAGCAAAAUGUCUCGAAUUGACAGAUUGGCCAUCCAAGGCAUACGAAGCUUUGGACCAGAUGAACCAAGAAAGAUUCAAUUUUUUUCCCCUCUUACUCUCAUUCUUGGUCAGAAUGGCUGUGGAAAGACUACAAUUAUUGAGUCGCUGAAAUACAUAUCUACAGGGGAAGUGCCACCAGGUUGUGGGCGUGGAGGCUCUUUUGUCCAUGACCCGAAGAUGGCCAAGGAGUUAACAGUACGAGGGCAGAUUAAGUUACUUUUUCAAGAUACUCGAGGACAACUCAUGGUGACAACUCGAUCUUUAGAGACUACACAGAAAGCCAAGAAAUUGGAAUGCAAAACCUUAGAUGCUACAAUCAAAAGAAUGGCUCCUGAUGGAACUAGCAUUACUAUGUCAAGUAAAUGCUCUGACUUCGAGGCUCUGAUGGCUUCAUCCUUAGGUGUUUCUAAAUCUAUACUGAAUAAUGUAAUAUUUUGUCAUCAAGAGGAAGCAAAUUGGCCACUAGAUGAAGGGAAAAAGGUGAAAGACAGGUUUGAUGCUAUAUUCAACGCUACAAAAUACAUCAAAUGUUUGGAGACUAUUCGUAAGCUUCGAUUGGAAGUGAAAACCAAAAUAAAGAAUUUGCAAGAUAUCCUGGUUGAGUUAAAAAAGUGGAAGGAGGAGGCAAAUCGUAAACGUGUUGACCUAAAAUCUAAUGAAGACAAACAUAAAAAUAUUGAGGCUGAGAAACAGGGCUUGACUUCAGAACUGGAGCCAGUAAUACUACGUCUGAAACAAAUUUCUAAUAUAGAGGGGGAUAUAGGACGUAUAAGAGAAGAACUCAGUGGUAAACAACAUCAGCUAGAAUCCUUAAGAAGAACUCAAGAUGAAUUGAGAGCAACAUUGAGGGAACAGUUUACAUGUUCUGAUGAGGAACUGUACAAUAUGAUCAAAGACUUUCAACGAGACCUGGAACAAAAAGAAGCAGACCAAAGCAGGUUGGAGUCGCAAGUGUAUGACUUGGAGAGAGAGGUGGAGAAAACCCAGGAUGAGGUUGCAAGGGCUGUGAGGAGACAAGGAGAGUUGGAAUCUGCUCAUAACAGACAGAAAAAUCACAUUGACAGAAGAAAUAAACUGAUGACAAACAUAGUUGAAGAAUUUACAAUCACUGAGUUCCUUGGCAUCCAGAAUUUUAAGGAUGAGCAAGCAGAUUCAAUGUUAUCCCAACUGUUAAAGAUAAUUAAAGAGGAACGUGGAAAUAUUUUGGCCAAAAAAGAAGAAUGCGAAAAAGAAGAAGCCAAAAUUCAGUCUGAAAUUGAUGACCUGCGGUCUCGAGAAGCUGCUUUAGAUCAUGAAGUUAAAAUCAAAGGGACACAGUUAGAAGAACUUGGAAGGAAAAUGAGGCAAGCUAAGCAGACACUUUCACUUAAUGAGAGCAGAUUUUCUCUGAAUGAUCUUAAUGAAAUCAAGACUGAGCUGUUAGAAGUUGACCAAAUGAUUGUUGCUGAAGAAGGAAAACUUGAUAUACACAAGGUGAUGGAAGAGAUUGAUGGGGGAAAGAAAAAAAGACGUGAAGUAGAGUACAAACUCGAUGAAAUUAAACGUGUUUUGGCAAGAAUGAAUCGUCAGGCUGAAGCUCGCUCACAGUAUGAUAUACAUGUAAAGGAGAGAAAAGACCUGGAAAACAAAGUUGCAUAUUUGAAGCGUAAAUAUAUUGAUGAACUGGAGCAUCUGCUUGGUGAGGUUCCUGAAGAUAACUUAAAAAAUAAAGUGGAAGCUUGCACAGUUAAUUUGAAGAGCCGCAUAUCAGAGCUGCGGAGAGAUAUGGAUAAAUUAAACAAGAGAAAGACACAACUCGACACCAGUAUCAAAGGACAUAAGCAACAGAUUGAGAGAAAAGAGAAGGAUAUUAAAGAUCUUGAGACCAAUAUUUACACCAUGUGUCAAGGAAAAGACCUGGAUAUUGCCUUGGAGAAGUCCAAGAAAGUUAAGGAUGAAUUAACACGUGACAGGGGAGAUUUAUCAAGUUCCAUUACUGUACUCACUCGGUUCACAGACAAGCUGAAACUACGUGACUGUUGCCCUUUGUGUCACAGAGAUUUUUCUACAAAAGAUGAAGUUAAUCAACUCAUUGAGGAGUUGGAAAGGAAGGUAAGUAGUGUCCCAGGAAAGCUAGAAUCUGUAAAGGAGAAACUUGCAAAGGAAGAGAAACUACAUGAGCAAAUGAUACAACUUAAGCCCCAGCGAGAUCAAGCCAAUCGUGCAGCUGCUGAACUGGAGAAAAUUCGAGCUCAGAUGAAUGCUGAAACGUCUGAACUGGAAGCAGUUUGUUUAGAAUUAGAGUCAAAGACAGAAAUUUUGGAAAUUAACCAAAGCGAUGAGGAGACAGCUACACAGAUGCAGCCAGAUAUAAUUAUGAUAGAUAAUAACUUGCGCAAAAUUAAACAGCUUAAGGAUCAAAUUGAAGACCUUCAGGCAACUUUAGGCAGCUCAGAUGGUGGGAUUGGCAUGGAAGAGGCCAUGAGCCAACAAAGUCAUUUAGAAGAUGAACUUCGUAAGUCCCAGACUAAAGUUGAAGACCUUCAAGACCAGCUACAGGAGCAUAAGGAAAAAGUGCAGGUCCUUAAGGAUCGUAAAUUAAGACUUUGUAGUCAAGAAUUAAAUAUGAAGACCAAACUGCAGGAAAUGGAAAAAUUAAAGGAAGAGGUGUCAAGAUUAGAGGAGGACCGGAAGCGUCUGAUGGAAGAGCGUGAUGCAGCACAGGCAGAGGUGGCCCCAUUCAAAUAUCAGAUUACCAGUAAAUUAGGAGAGAAAACCAAGGUUAUUCAAGGAAAGGAAGCCUGGAUUGAAACACAAAAUCAGAAGGUUAUUAUGAUUUCUGAAAAGCAUAGAUCUGUGAAUGAACUACAAAAAAGCAUAGCUUCCUAUGUGACUGGAGGUGAAGAAAAACAGCUAAUGGAGAGUCGUCAACAAGUAACAUCCAUCCAGGCAAAAGUGGCCUCUCUAGAAUCAAGCAAAAGGUCACUUGAAGAGCAAAAUCGUAAUAUCCACAAGGAAAUAACCAAUCAGAGAGAAAGAAAAAGAGGUCUAGAUGAUGAAAAAAAGAUUCGUGACAAAGAAAUUCAGGCAAAGCAACUAGAGCAGAGUAUUACAGUUUUAGAAGAACGCAUUACAGGAUUUGACUAUAAGACUCUCAUUGAUGAAAAGAAUCACCUGAAUGAAAAAUGGCACACAUUGCAAAACAAAAGAGCAGCAUUAGAUGGUCGUCUGUUGGAAGUUAAAAGGGUUAUUCAAGAUUUAGAAAGUGACCUUAAACGAAAGGAUAUUCGAGAUGCAGAGAAGAAUUACAGGGAUAAAUUUGUGGAAAUGAAGUGCACAGAUAUGGCAGCAAAUGAUAUGAAUAAAUACUACAAAGCUUUAGACACAGCUAUCAUGCGCUUCCACAAUGAUAAGAUGAAGACAAUCAACGGAAUCAUAAGGGAACUCUGGCGUACCACUUACAAAGGCAAUGAUAUUGAUUAUAUAGAGAUAAAAACUGAUGAAUCAGAAUCUCAGGGUGCAGAUAAACGAAGAACGUAUCAUUAUCGAGUUGUUAUGGUGAAAAAUGAUGUAGAAAUGGACAUGCGGGGCAGGUGCUCUGCAGGUCAGAAGGUUUUAGCAUCUCUUAUUAUUAGAAUGGCCCUUGCAGAGACAUUCAGUGCAAACUGUGGUAUUCUUGCACUAGAUGAACCAACUACCAAUCUAGACCGUGAAAACAUUGAUGCUUUAUCAUAUGCAUUGCUCAGGUAUGUUUGUUACUUUGAAGCAUUUAUAGCUUUCUUAAAUGUCCACAAUUUUACAGAAUAUAUUGUUUCCUUUUUGUCUGUUAUAUUAGUAAACCCUUGGCUUUAUGGCCAUCAGAAAGAGGGACAAAAUCUGAUAGGUCAUUUAAUUCAGAAACAAUGAACAGUCUGUUGGUUG